AUGUGGCGGGAUCGCACGAAUCUUUACAUAUCCUACCGCCAGUCAUUCACACACCACCCCGCGAAGAAACCGCGCUACAUCGGAGCUUCUAAUGGCUUCACCGACAUAGGGUCUCAGUCCGAAGAAAGCCGGAGACUCAUAUCUGAAUCCACGGGAAUAGAUGACGAUGGCGAUGCGAUCAUUGAAAUGGAUGUGCUUCCCCCUCGCUGGGUCGACGUGCAAGAGGAGGUGACGGAGCUACUAGAGGACAUCGCGCAGAAGUCAGCACAGCUCGAUAAGCUACACCACAAGCAUCUGCUCCCCGGAUUUGGCGAUGAGGAUGUACGGAAGCAAGAUGAACGUGUGAUCGAGCGAUAUACCCAAGAUAUUACGCGCGGUUUUCACGAAUGUCAGAAGCUUGUCCAGAGGAUUGAACUUAUGGUACACGAGGCCAAACAACAAGGAGGAGUGAGUAGCGGGGAUGAGACAAUGGCAAAGAAUAUACAAAUAUCCCUGGCUUCGAGGGUGCAGGACGCCAGUGCUCGGUUUAGGAAGAAGCAAAGCACCUACCUAAGAAAAUUACGAGGCCUCGAAGACUCGGCGUCACAAUUCGAUCGCUCGCCCACUCCCGUGCAAAAUUCUUACACAGAUCCGUCUUUAAUGGAGUCUGAUGCGGACAAAUCAUUCUCGCAAACUACCCUAAUGCAAACCACACAGCGGAUGACCGGCCAGAACGAUGCCGUCAUCCUCCAACGGGAGCGGGAAAUCAACGACAUUGCGAAAGGAAUCAUCGAGUUGUCCGAUAUCUUUCGCGAGCUUCAGACAAUGGUCAUCGACCAAGGUACUAUGUUAGACCGUAUAGACUACAACGUGGAGCGAAUGCACACGGACGUCCAAUCCGCUCAGAAAGAAUUGAAUGUGGCAACGAACUAUCAACGGCGAACCACGAAACGAAAGGUUAUCCUUUUAUUAAUACUCCUGGUAGUGGGUAUGAUUAUCGUCCUACUCGUCAAACCCAAGAGACAUUCUUCCUCAGAACCCGCGCCUCCUUCUUCGCCCCCUCCUUCUCAACCCGACAACAACCCGCUGAACAUGGUUCCGCGAGAAUCUGGAAUCGCGUACAGGCGUUCGGCCUCCUCAUCAUUUUCUCGCGUCGCAAAGAGCAAGUGGGUUGAACCUGAUAUAUACCGCUAG